ACUACACCAGUGGCGAGAAUAGAUCUAAAUGCCCACUGUGAACCAUUGAACUGAUGACCAAGGAUAGAAAUGGGUCUUGUAUGGCUAGAGAGUGGGGGGUUGCCUUUGUUUUGCGGAAGACCACUGGGAUGGAGUUCCCUGUAGAUUUGUUGGUGUCUGGGAAACAUGAGGAUUUGGAAAGUUCAGCCCAGAUCUACAUGAAUAAACUGCUCUACAGCAACCCAGAUAACACGCAAUUCCUUACCCUGCCCAGCUCCAGAAAGGUCCGGAUUAGUCCUGCCAAUGUUGGCUUCGUUCCUCUGUAUGGAGUCAACCUCAGACAUAAAGUCCUGGCACUGUUUGCUCCUGAGGACCAGUUCACGGCUGUGGCAUUGUUUUUGGCUGAUGAGUGGCACGCAGUGCAAGAUAUUCUCAAAACUUCUGAUCCUGCAAGAGAAGGCCUUGUGAAGGUGAGGUCUGUGGGUGAGAGGAUAGUCUUAUAUGUUCUGAACCGCAUCAUUUACCGGACAGUGGAGAUGAGUUCUAACGAAGUGCCAUUCCUGUGCCAUGGAGAAGACGACUACGCCAAAAUCCUCUGGAAGAAUGGAGAGGCAGUGGGCUUCUACUCGGUCAAAUCUAAAGGUAGCUUGUGUAAUAGCUUUGUGAGCCAGUGCUACCUGCUUCCUGUCAUGGACUCUAUAUUUGUACGAAAGGAUCACCGUGGUAAUGGUCAUGGCUUGCAGAUGUUGGAGGACUUUGUGGACUGUUUUAAAGAUGAUGAACUGGGCUUGAAAUACCCUCUAACACAGGCCAUGCAAAAGGUAUGCAGCCAGUACCUGAGCACAUAUCCAGCCGAUGCUGACCUGUUUUGGGAGGUGGAGGGAGUCGGAGGUCCCUACCAGAAAGUGAAAGUGGCAAGCAAACUUAGCUCCCUGGCACUCCGAUGGAACCACAGCUCAUGGGCAGAAGAGCACAGCAAAAAUGGAGAGGUUGCAAAUAACAAAGUGCAAAUGACUGAGGAGAGCCUGGAUAUUACGGAAGAAGUGGUGGUAGUCAAAAAACAUCUCAAAGUAGCAGAAGUAAAAUUGAAUGAAAUGCCCAUAUCCAAACGCACAUGGAGCAGCGAGCGCUCACAAAGGAAAAGGCUGAGAGAAGAACCGGAGGAGAGAGCAGAGGAGGACCGACCUGAAAAAAUCAACAGAUUAGAGGAACCGGAAACAGAAACUGAUGCUGUUGUACCCGAGACUAAAGAACCAGAGGAUGGAGAGAGUGCAGGAGAACAAGAGGACAAAGCAAACUCAGUCCAGGUGCAGGAGGCUGUGGCCACUGAAACCCCUGCAGUUGAGGCAGAGCAUGAAUGUCCGGUGGCAGAGGUGAAUGGAGAAAUGAGUGACGUUCAAGAAGAAAAAAACGAGGGAGAAUCUGACACUGUUGAGGAUGCGCUGGAUCAGGGGCGCCCCCUAGAGGAAGAAGCUGUUGUGCAAAAUGGCACUGCAGAGAAAGAGGAGAUGGAGGUAGAGGGAGAGAAAGAAGCAGAGGAGACUCUGGUUAGAAAGGAUGACAUUACCGAUCCCCUAGCAGAAUCUGAAAAAUCUGCUGCAGUGGCUGAUCAGAUUGACCAAGAGCCUAUUACUGAGGAGAAACAGGAGGCAGAGGUGGAAAUUACCCCUGCAGAUGAGGAAAUGGAAGAGGAAAUAGCUCCUGCCAUUGAGAAGGAACAAGAAGAGGAAGUAGCUCCUGCCAUUGAAGAGGAACAGGCAGAGGAAGUAGCUGCUGCCAUUGAGAAGGAAGAGGAAGUAGCUCCUGCCAUUGAGAAGGAACAAGAAGAGGAAGUAGCUCCUGCCAUUGAGAAGGAACAAGAAGAGGAAGUAGCUACUGCCAUUGAAGAGGAACAGGCAGAGGAAGUAGCUUCUGCAGUUGAGGAGGAACACGAAAAGGACUUACCUUCUGCAGUUGAGGAGGAAGAGGAAGUAACUCCUGCAGCCGAGAACACCAAAGACACUGAUCAGCCCACAGCUGUUGAGACCUCUUCUGAGGACCUUCAAGCUGACCUGUCAGAUGGGGACAGUGACGCAGUGGGGGAACCAGCGCAUCCGGAACUCGAUGCUCCAGAAGACAAGGCCUCUGGUUCUCCUACUGUGGCAGGGGAGCGAGAGGCCGUCAUGGAUUCAGAGGAACCACCUCUGAACCAAGAAAUUGAAACUGCUUCCGAUGUGCCACUUAAAGCAGAGGUGAGCCAACCUGCCAUGGAAGACAAAAAAAAAGAGGAAAUGGAGGCAGGAGGUCAAAAGAACGUGGUUCCUGAGGAGGAGCCAGAGGAAGACAAACAGGCUGACACUGAUGAAAAAGAUAAACAAAAAGAAGAAGAGAACACUUUUGCUACAGAAGAUGAGGGGAAAAGCUCAGAUGAGGCUAAUGAUUCCUCCACUGAUGUUCGAGUCCUUCGAGGAGGCAGAAGCAAACCUGUCCCUCCAACCCCCAAACGCACAUCCAGCAGACGGAGCAAAGCUGUGAUCGUAGAGGAAAUAGAAGGGGAGAUGGAGGAAGAAGAAGUGGAGGAGGAGAAGCUCACAAGCACAGAAGAGGAGAAGGGAAGCACCGAGGAAGAGGAAGCUGAAGAGCACAGCACGGGAGAGGAGGAUGAGCCACCUGUGAUUGAUAGGAGGGUUUUGAGGAGUAAAACCAAAGUGAUUAAGUCCACGCCCAGAGCGAGAGCAAAGAGACGCAGCAAAAUCUGAGUACACACAUUCACACACUGUUUCUCUGUCACUCAACAACACUCUAUUGUCCUUUUACAUACAAUACCCAGUUUAAUUUAAUUUGCACAGUAUGUAAAGUUAGUAAGCAUCUCUCAAUACACCGUUAUAUCAGAGAUCUCUUCUAAUAAAGGUGCAGAAGGUAUUUUAUACUUGGGUUUGGGUUUAUAACAGGCGGUGUGUACAAAAUCUAGGUUGUGCUUUUAAUUUAGGUUUUGUGAGUGACAUUUUUUUGCUAAAAGAAACAACAUACUGCAUAUGAAAAAAGUGCAGUAUUUCAUAUUUAAGGAAUAAUUUGGGUUAAAUUCAAGUUAAAACUUUUCACAGCGUCUGUCACCACAGAAUACAAUUUUAUAUCAUACCUCGAUUUGUGAAACAAACCAUAAAUUGGAGUACAGAGAUGCAUUUACAAUGGAAGUCUAUGGGUAAAACCGCUUGGCCCACAGACUUCCAUUGUAAGUGCACAACUAUAAAUCUGAACUUUUUUUCUGUGCCAAUUGACAGCAUGCCACAGAUUCUGUUAAUGAAACAUAACUUGUAUUUAACCUGUAAUGUUUCUUUAAUAUGCUGUAAGCACUGCCCUUUAUUUGCAUUAAAGGGAUAGUCCACCCAAAAAUGAAAAUUCAUUGCCAUCCCAGCUGUAUGACUUUCUUUCAUCUGCUGAACAAAAAUGAUUUUUAGUAGAAUAUCUCAGAUCUCUAGGUCCAUGCAAUAAAAUACAAUGCAGUGAAUGGGACUCCAGUGAUUAAAUCCAUGUCUUCAGAAGUGAUGUGAUAGGUGUGGGUGAGAAACAGAUCAAUAUUUAAGUCCUUUUUUUUUUUUUUACUAGUAUCAAUCUCCACUUUCACAUUCACAUUCUUCUUUUGUUUUUGGUGAUUUGCAUUCUUCAUGCACAUCGCCACCUACUGGGCAGGGAGGAGAGUUUAUAGUAAAAGAAUGGACUUAAAUAUUGAUCUUUCUCACCCACACCUAUCAUAUUGCUUCUGAAGACAUGGAUUAAACUGCUGUAGUUGUAUGGAUUACUCUUAUUUUGCCUUUUUGUGCUUUUCGAAGCUCCAACAUUUUGGUCACCAUUAACUUACAUUGUAUGGACCUACAGAGCUGAAAUAUUCUUCCAAAAAUCUUCAUUUGUGUUCAGCAGAAGAAAGAAAGUCAUGCACAUGAGGGGUGAGUAAAUGAUGAGAGAAUUUUCAUUUUUGGGUGAACUACUCCUUUAAGGGUUUACAGACAUCUCAAAAUUAUAGCUGUGAUUUUAACUGUUUUUACAUUAUUUUGUCUUACUUAACUUUGCAGCUUAUCCUCACCAAUCCUGAACUGCUGAUAAAAAAAAAAGCUUGCAAAUUUGCAAGACUUUAGUUACAAUGUGAAGCUCUUAAAGGGAUAGUUUUAGUUCACCCAAAAAGGGAAAUUCUGGCAUCAUUUACUCACCCUCAUGCUGUUCCAAACCCGUAACUUUCUUUCCUACGUAAAAUGCAAAAGGAGAUAUCAGGCAGAAUGACAGCCUUGGUCACCAUUCACUUUUAUUACAUAUUUUUUGCUAUUUAACGAAAGUAACUGGUGGCUGUCAUUCUGUCUUUUGUAUCUCAUUUUUUUUAUUCUACACAAGAGAAAAAGUAAAAUGGGAACAACAUGAGGGGCUUUAAAGGGACAGUUCACUCAAAAAUUAAAAUUCUGUUAUCAUUUACUCAACCCCAUGUUGUUCCAAAGCCGAAUGACUUCUUGGAACGCAAAAGGAGGUGUUAGGCGUCAACAUUAUUUAGAAUUUCUCCUUGUUUUCCACCGAAGAAAGAGUCAUAUGGGUUUGGAAUGAUAUGACUAAAUAAGUACAAGUAAAUAACAACAGAAUUUUAAUUUUUAGGUGGACUGCCCGUUUAAUAGCAAUUUGGCCACUCGUAAGUGGUUAUUUUUUUCUUACUAUAAUGACUGGUGUUUUUGCAGUGUAUGAGGAUUGUACUGUAUGACACCAUUAGCGUUAUACAUUUAAACUCACCUAAAUUGAAGAAUAUUGCUACUUUUUUUUUUCUCUGUUUAUCGUUUGUAUUUCUAAAAGUUUAAAGCCAUAUGUUGUUUCAUUCAUAUUUUUAUUUUCAAGCUGUGAAAGAGACACCCUGUCAUUGAGUUUUCCCCGCUCAAGUGUUUUUAGUCUUCGUCUUUGGUUGCACAUUUUUGUUUGACCACAAGAGUGCACUCUAGGAUGUAUUAAAAAAAAAUAAAUAAAAAAAAUAAAAAAAGCCAUUGCAAGGAGUAAAAUGAUUUCACACUCUUUCAGGACAGUCUGUUUUCUGACUCCACUGAUAUCUCACUGUGAACACUUGAGAUCUGUUGCUCACAUUUUUAUAACAGGUGAAAGUAGAAGAAUGCCAGACAUUACGUUUUUGGCGGGACUGAAUUCUUGGAUUUGUUUUUCUCGAAUGUGAUUUACUUUUGUUUUGAGAAAGGCAAAUCAAAAGUGGAAUAUUUUGGGCAUAAGUUGGAAACCUCUUUUUACUUGUUUUAGAUGUUUGAGUAAUAUUUUUCUGAAAUACCUUCCUGAAUCUGUAAAUAUCCUGUAGUUAAUAAAUACCUUUUCUGUAUA